AUGAAGUACCCUCUGGUGCCACUGAUGAACGAACUCACGUUUUCUUUCCUGGUGUUCUGGCUCUGCCUGCCUGUAGGUUUGCUGCUGUUCUUGUUGAUUACCUGGCUACGCUUCUUACUUAGCCAAGAUUCAGAGGAAAAUGACUCAGAUCUAUGCUUUGAUUGGGAGCCCUGGAGCAAAGGCCCAGCCGAGCCUGGCUGGGAGGGGACACUCCACAGCCAAGAGCGGGAGAAGCCCUGCUGGUGAGCCUAUUCUGCCAGGCAGAGAAACUGAAUCCCAGUGGCUGCAGGACACAUGCCUGUCAGACCUCCCUGGUGGCCUGGGCCUAGAUGGUGAUCAGCGGGGGCUCCUGUGCACCCGUACACAGACCCAGGUGACCCCUGUGUGCCCUGGCUGGACAUCUAUGCCUGGUCAAUCUGAAGACGACAGAAGGCACCUGUCAGAGAUGUCACAGACAUUUUCUGGGUCUUCAGUUCAGUGGCAGUCCCCUCAUCCAGCCACCUGAUAACGGUCUACCUCUGAUGCCAAGGUUCUUGUUCACAAAGCCAAAGAAUGAGCUUCACAAACACUCAAGACGUUUAGGACCCCAAAGGCAGACUUGGCUUCAGGAGAACAGGAGACUUGCCCUUGCAGGACGGGAAGAAGAUUCCUGC